CCUACCUUCCAUCCUUGUGCUGUCCUUGACAGCACCCUCACAAAACUCCCACCACACAAAGUAACUAGCCAAGCCGGCCGGCACUUGGGACCUUCCCAACCGUCGGAGGAGAUGCAGGCCGCUGUUAGCGCGGCCAGCUGGCUCAUCGGCAAGGUGCUGAAUAAGCUCUCCGAUGAAUUGGUGGGCGCGUAUCUGCAACCCUGGCUUGCAGAGGUCCGAGCUCCAAGCUCCAAGCAGAUCCAGUCCAAGUUGAAGUACAUGCAAGGGUUGCUGCACUUUGCCCAGGAGAGGGAUGUAAGCAGCAACCCUGGCUUGCAGAGCUUGUUGGGGGACUUGAGGAAGAAGGCUGAUGAGAUUGAGGACACGCUCGAUGAGCUCCACUACUUCAUGAGACAAGACCAGUUGGAUGGCACCCGGGAGGUUGCCCCGGAGCUGGGUGAUCGCCUCCGCGGUCAUGCCCUCCAUGGCGUCCAGGCUGCUAACCACACCAUUGGGGGGAUCAAGGUGCAUAAGGUCUGCAAUGUCUGCAAAAAUCCCUGUAGGGACAGUUUAUCCCAUGCACUGGAAUUCGGGCUCUUCUUGAGGGAGGGAUUCAAAAAUUCUGUGUGUAUCCCAUGCAACAUAAGGGUCGAAUUCAAUAAUUUAAUCGGUGACAGUUUCAACUUUUCGGAUGGUCAAGGAUUAUCGUACACAAUUGACGUUUGUAAACAAAAUGAUAAAACCAUCAUAGGAGGCUAUGGAUGGAACAAGUACAUUUCAAAUAAUAAGCUCACCGGGACAGAGUACAUAGGCUUUUACUUGAAUAAAGCGGUCAACAAGUUAAGGAUUAAGUAUUUCUCCGACCAAGAUGAUGAGCUUGACGAAGAUGAUUAUGAGGAUUGCCAGGAUGAUGAGGAUGAUGACGAUGUUGAGGAUAAUAAUGAUGAUGAGAGACAGGAUGAUGAUUAUGCUGCUAGCCAGGAUGACGAUAGUCAAGAGCGUGAGGAUGAGGAAGAUGAUGAGGGUAGCGGAGAUGACGACGACGAUGAUCCAUACAGUUCGGCAAUUUUCUCUCAAAGAAUGAAAGAGCUUACUGAGGAUGAGAAGAUCAAUCUCAUCGCGAUCCUACCAUCAAGUGUGCACUACUUGGGGAGGCCAUUUGUGCACCGUUUUACUAAGACCAACAUCGUGAAACACACCAUGAAAUUACCUAUGAAGAUGAUUUCUGGCGAGAAUAUCCCUGCUACCGGCAUGGCUGGAGUACACCUUGGAGCAGCAGGUCCUGGCACCAGCAUUCAAUACAAGACGGACAUAGACGGCCGCAUAUCGUUCUAUGAGGGCGGUUGGCGGGAAUUCCUGAAGGGAAAGAGACAACUAGGGGUUGACAUAGCAGUGGUCAUCACGAUAAGGAACAAGAGGAACAACAACUUCCAGAUGAUGGUCACUAUAGACCUUAUUUAGAAAUAAGGUCCAAGUUAAAUAUCCUCAAGACGAUGAACUCUUAGUACUUAGUUAACAUGCCGAUGAUACUUUGAUGUUGGUUUGUUAACUAGAACAUAUUUGAUGUGUUAGUAGUUCUUAUGAAGAGUACUAAUUACGUAGUGAACUUGCAUGCCUAA